CCUUGUUCUCUAGCAUAGUGGCUAUCCCUACUAAGUUGGCCCAACGUGACGCUCGAUCGCCAUGUUGUCAUUACUCCUAUGUUUCAGCCAUAUGCCUUUUUAAUGGAUAUCAGAUGUCCAUCUAUGCGAGGCUAGUCACACUCUGCUUGGAACGUUGAUGCACAGCACUAUAUUACGUCUAGGACGUUUUGGAGUUGUCUCGACCUGCCAGUUUCAGCCAAUGGCACCUUUGCAGUCCUGGUAUAUAAGGAAUCAUUGCACAUUCUCAAUGCCAUUCUUCUUUUGCACAUCGCCCCACGAUGGAUAUUACUAGCUCGGAAGCGCAGCAGAUGUUGUUCAGCACGUACGCCCUUCUGGCAGCAAACAGUAUUCUGAUAUACGACCAUAUGGCGACCCUACCAGAAGAAAUCGCUUUUAUUUGGCGUCGUCCGAAAGCGCUGUCUGCGAUGUUAUUUCUGCUUAAUCGCUAUCUCGCUCUGCUCUGCAACAUCUCUAACUUAGUUUUAAGAUUCGUACCACUCUCAGAUGAGGUUCUAUUGCUUCAUGCAUAUACUGAACUGCCAGGUUCACAACUUCUUUCUCUUAGAUGUCCGGAAUACGAGCUAUACAGGCAACUGACCCUUGUUUUCCAAGCAGCCGUUGUUUGCCUUAUAAUGACCAUUCGCACUUAUGCUCUCUACGGCGGUAGCAGGCGCCUGCUUACUUGGAUGGCAAUAAUAAUGAUUGCUCUUGCGAUAGCAGUUUCUGUGGGGAGUUUGGGGCAUUUUACAGGCGUCCUUUUGUCAGGAGCUGGCUGUUUUGAAACAUAUACAGCAGCGACAGCCGUCCGUCUUGGGGUGGCAUGGGUGGCCGAAAUGGUAUACGAAUUACUGAUCUUCAUCCUCAUAGUGUACAGGAUUUGCAAAACUAGAGGCUUGCUGCGGUUGUCUCUAGUCACCAGGAGAAAUAUCAUCGAUAUCAUACUUCACGAUGGUGCGAUGUAUUUCGGAGCGAUGACGCUUGUUAACAUACCGAACAUCCUGACGUUCUACUCUGGUUCAGAUGCUAUAAGAGGCAGUCUUGCAGCAUUGACUAGCUGCUUGUCCGUUACUCUGAUCUCUCGUCUGAUGCUUAAUCUACACCAAUCUAUCGAUACUGGCAUUUGCUCCAUCCCUGCCCGGGACGAAGGUCCCAGCCUCGCUGUCUUUACCACCAGGAUCGACGUACAGUCCGCGAUUUCCUCUCACCAUUGGUAGGCUGGCAUUGGACUCUGUUUCUGGAUGCGAAGGUGCGGAGAUACUUGAUGGGAGUGAAAAACUGUUACUGUAGUCAUUUUCUUGAAUGCAGGGGCGGAUGACGCUGCACUCGCGCUAGCAGCUAAGCGUCCUUAGAUGCAAUCUCAUCUUUGGGCGUAGAUAAUAAUAUUGUAAUCAAGC